UAUAUAUCAGAAGUACCAUUCUAUUGAGUUGCAAAAACGUGAAAGCAUUGGUCACCUUUACUAUCAGUUAUAUUCCUCGAGUAUAAAAGUACGACAUAAACAAAUUGCAUAUAUACUUCAAGUGUAUGUUUUAUGUGAAGAGAGUGGUUUCUUCCGUCCGCACUUCUAUAUUAAUUCUUGUACGAGUAGUGUAUUACGCAUUAUCAUAAAACAGUGAAACGCGAAUGUCGAAGAUCAGAUGAACAAAAGAAGAUAAACCAGUAUAAGCGAUCUCUUAGUGUUGCGUUCUCCUAACACGCAAAAUCACAAGUGCGUCCGGCAAAAAAAUGAGAUUGCUAGUCGUAUCUCUAGUCUUUGUGGCGAUAAUCACUAUUGCGAAAACACAAAAUGGAUACGCGACCAAACCAGGGUCGUGUCCACCUGCCUUACCUCUGCAGCUCUGUAGACGAUCCUGUUACGUUGACGCACAAUGCGCGGGAAUUGGCAAAUGUUGUCAGACUCAAUGUGGCGGUUCCAUUUGUUCCAUGCCCGUCACGAUGACGCGAUCCCAAACAGAGAAACCAGGAUCUUGUCCAUCGGUACCGACAGGAAGAUGGGUAUGCACAUCGACUUGUAAUGGCGACAACGAUUGCAAAGGGACAUUAAAAUGUUGCAAAAAUAGAUGUGGAGCCCUAGCUUGUCAAAAACCAGAAGUACCCGAAUUCGUCGAAAAUCCAAUUGUUUCGCGCUUCGGAAAUGAUUAUAUUGAUUACUAUCCGUAAUCUCGAUUUUUAUGUGCCUAUUACAUUUAUAUAAUAAUUAAUAAAUCUAGCACUAAUUUC